ACAUAUAUAUUUACAGUCAAUUCUGAUAGCUCGUCUAUGAAAGACGGCCAUCUGUGUUUACUUUCUUUACAAUAAUAAGAAAUGAUGUUUAAAUGUUUUUAAUGUGUAUUUAUCUGCUUACAGCUUGAAUUGCCAUACAUUUUGUCGUUUUACAUGUCGUUUAUCAUUCGUGUAUUUUGUAUUCGGAGAUAUCGAUGUACUAAUAAAUAUGGAACAUUUUAUUUGAAUCCGAUUUCAUAGUACUAGUACACGCAUUCAUCAAUAAUUUCAUAUCCAAAUAUUGACAAUAAUUAUAAGCGAUGAUUGUAAUGCAAGCGUAUCGUUUGAUGAAAUCGCUAGAAAUGUCAGCAGCAUAUUAUGCAGUUGCCAGAGGCCACCAACAUUACAUUUAUAAUAUUUGGGGUGAACGUAAAGCUCAAAUUCACCAAUAUUCUGGUGUUGUAUAUAAAAAGCUUCUAUCCCGAGAAGCAGCUCAAAAUUUUAUUCGGCAAAAGACAAGUUGUCCAAGCAAAAGAGUGAAAUCCUCCAAGAAAAAGAUAAAAAAUACACAAGAUCUUGAUAAUAUAGCAUUGUCAUUAAGGAAAAGUCCAUUACCUGCAAUAGAUAGACUUGUCAAAAAGAAAUCAACUGAGAAGAAAUGCGAACAAAUAGAUACAAGCGAAAUUUCAUCGCCUAUAUCCAAUGAACAACCAUCAUCUUCAGAAUUUAUUACCGAUGAUAAUGGCUAUGUAAUAGUAUAUACUGAUGGGGCAUGUCGUUCAAAUGGUCGCAGGAAUGCGCAAGCAGGCUUAGGCGUCUGGUUCGGUGAAGACCAUUCCCUAAAUGUAUCAGAACGAGUUGUUGGUAGAAUAACUAAUAUUAAUGCAGAGAUUCAGGCUGUGACCAUGGCUGCGAGAAAAGCAAAAGAAGUAGGUGUAGAGAAACUAAAGAUUAUUACGGACUCGAAAUUCUUGAUCCAAUGCAUAACUGAAUGGAUGCCAAAAUGGAAGAAAAAUGGAUGGAAAACUGUGAGUGAUAAUCCAGUUACAAAUAAAGACGAAUUAAUAGAAAUGGAGAAGGCACUGAGCUCAUUAAAAAUAGCUUGGGAACAUGUUAAUAGGCAUAGUAGAAUUCAUGGAAACGUAAUGGCUGAUAAAUUAGCAAAAGCAGGUUGUACAAAAUAAUAAAAAUAUUUAUAAUUGUAAUUUA